GCUGGCCAGCGGCGGGCGGCCGGGGAGCAGAGUAGGGCCGGGCUGGGUGAGCGCACGGCCAUGGCCCCGUGGCUGCAGCUCUGCUCUGUCUUCUUCACAGUCAACGCCUGCCUCAACGGCUCCCAGCUGGCAGUGGCCGCAGGCGGCUCCAGCAGAACGCGAGGCGCCGACACCUGUGGCUGGAGGGGCGUGGGGCCGGCCAGCAGAAACAGCGGGCUGCAUAACAUCACCUUCAGAUAUGACAACUGCACCACUUACUUGAAUCCAGUGGGGAGGCACGUGAUCGCCGAUGCCCAGAACAUCACCAUCAGUCAGUAUGCUUGCCACGAUCAAGUGGCAGUCACCAUUCUUUGGUCCCCAGGAGCCCUCGGCAUCGAAUUCCUAAAAGGAUUUCGGGUAAUACUGGAGGAGCUGAAGUCAGAGGGAAGACAGUGCCAACAACUGAUUCUAAAGGACCCGAAGCAGCUCAACAGUAGCUUCAAACGAGCUGGAGUGGAAUCUCAACCUUUCCUGAAUAUGAAAUUUGAAACAGAUUACUUUGUAAAGAUUGUCCCUUUUCCUUCCAUUAAAAAUGAAAGCAAUUAUCACCCUUUCUUCUUCAGAACCCGCACCUGUGACCUGCUAUUGCAGCCAGACAACCUGGCCUGUAAACCCUUCUGGAAGCCUCGGAACCUCAACAUCACCCAGCACGGUUCAGACAUGCAGGUGUCCUUCGACCACGCACCCCAUGCCUUUGGCUUCCGUUUCUUCUAUCUCCAUUAUAAGCUCAAGCAUGAAGGACCCUUCAAGCGAAAGACCUGUAAACAGGAGCAAAAUACAGAGACAACCAGCUGCCUCCUUCAAAAUGUAUCUCCUGGGGAUUAUAUAAUUGAGCUGGUGGAUGACACUAAUAUGACAAGGAAAGUGAUGCAUUAUGCCUUAAAACCAGCGUAUUCCCAAUGGGCUGGGCCCAUCAGAGCUGUCGCCAUCACCGUGCCGCUGGUUGUCAUAUCGGCAUUUGCGACGCUUUUCACGGUGAUGUGCCGCAAGAAGCAGCAAGAAAAUAUAUAUUCACAUUUAGAUGAAGAGAGUUCUGAGUCCUCUACGUACAUCACAGCGCUUCCCAGGGAGAGGCUCCGGCCACGGCCCAAGGUCUUCCUCUGCUAUUCCAGCAAAGAUGGCCAGAAUCACAUGAACGUCGUCCAGUGUUUUGCCUACUUCCUCCAGGACUUCUGUGGCUGUGAGGUCUCUCUGGACUUGUGGGAAGACUUCAGCCUCUGCAGAGAAGGGCAGAGAGAAUGGGUCAUCCAGAAGAUCCACGAGUCCCAGUUCAUCAUCGUGGUGUGUUCCAAAGGCAUGAAAUACUUCGUAGACAAGAAGAACUACAAGCACAAAGGAGGCGCCCGAGGCUCGGGGAAAGGGGAGCUCUUCCUGGUGGCGGUGUCUACCAUUGCUGAGAAGCUCCGCCAAGCCAAGCAGAGCUCAUCCACGGCGCUCAGCAAGUUCAUCGCCGUCUACUUCGAUUAUUCCUGCGAGGGAGACGUUCCCGGCGUCCUGGACCUGAGCACCAAGUACAAACUCAUGGACAACCUUCCCCAGCUCUGCUCCCACCUGCAUUCCCAGGACCUCAGCCCCCAGGAGCCGGGGCUGCACCCCGGACGCAUUAGCAGGAGGAACUACUUCCGGAGCAAAUCGGGCCGCUCCCUAUACGUUGCCAUUUGCAACAUGCACCAGUUUAUCGACGAGGAGCCUGACUGGUUUGAGAAGCAGUUCGUUCCCUUCCAUCUCCCCCCACUCCGCUACCGGGAACCGGUUCUGAAGAAGUUUGACUCAGGCUUGGUUUUAAACGAAGUCCUGUGCAAGCCAGGGCCGGAGAGCGACUUCUGUCUCAAGGCCGAGGCCGCUGGCUCCGGGGCGCCAGCCGACCUACACUCUGAGGGCGCGCAGUUCGGCCCGGACGAAGACGCGGAGGCCGGGCCCGUUCCGGGCGCCAGCGCGGUCCUGCGGCCCCUGCUGCACGCGGUGAAAGCUGCCGGCCCCUCGGACAUGCCACGGGACUCAGGCAUCUACGACUCGUCCGUGCCUUCGUCCGAGUUGUCCCUGCCCCUGAUGGAAGGGCUCUCCACGGACCAAACGGAGACGUCUUCGCUGACGGAGAGCAUGUCGUCCUCAUCAGGCCUGGGUGAGGAGGACCCUCCCGCCUUUCCUUCCAAUUUCCUCGCCUCUGGGGCAUGCAAAGCAGAACCUGGUUGCUGCAGCUACACUGGUGAACUCCACGCGGUCGCUCCUUUGUAA